GCAUAUGACGUGCGAUUCGGAGCGGCCAUGCACUCGAUGUAUAAAGCGCAAUAUCGGCCACCUAUGCCAUGACGAGCCGAGAGAGCCCUCUAAACGGUCGCGCAGUGAACACGAACAUUCAGCCGCAGACGAAGAGGGUUCUUCGAACAAUGAGUAUUCGAAUGUUCAAGGGAUGCCUAGAAAUGUCGAUAUCCAAGAUGCUGCAGGCCAGCAAAUCCUCGCCGAUGGGUCUAUCGGUCUUGCAUCCUCCACAGUGGGUGCCGUACAACCGGGGCCUUUGGCCUCUGCAACGGGUCAAAACCUUGGGCCCACCUCUCAGCAGAUGCUUGGCUAUAAUGACUGGCUAGGCGGCCAAAGCCAGUUUCAGGAUAUGCACACGUUCCACCCGUCUUACAUGUUCAAUGCGCCCGAAGUUACGAAUGAAUACAACUUACUUGGCGACUUUCUCAGCAGCAGUUUAUUAGACGACGGCGUCAUGUUUCAAAACGACGAUAUGCAGCGAAUGUACUCCGACCCAACAUUGAUCAAUUCCAUGAACGCGCUAGGGGGACCGAAUACAACGCUUCUUCAACAAUCUCAGACGAUACAGCCGGCACAAAGUCACCAAUCGCAAGGUGAACUUGUUUCAGGACCGAGCGCUAUAGUCGGAAACGAUAAGGCAAGGGAAACGUAUUAUAUGACCGCCGCAGACCCCUCAGGAUCUGACCCACCCGAAGAGCGCAUGAACAAGCUUCUGAAGGCUAAAUAUGAUGCUGGACUUCUACGACCAUUCAAUUAUGUCAAGGGCUACGCCCGAUUGAACCAAUAUAUGGAGAAACAUUUGCAGCAGGCGUCACGACAAAAGAUUCUCCGACAAUUGGACAAGUUUCGACCAAAGUUCAGAGAGAGGAUGCAAAGCCUGACCGACAUUGAGUUGAUUCUUGUGGAAAUGUGGUUCGAGCGAAGUUUGAUGGAAUACGACCGUGUUUUUGCCAGUAUGGCUAUCCCCGCUUGUUGCUGGAGGAGAACUGGUGAGAUAUUCCGAGGCAACAAAGAGAUGGCUGAGUUGAUCGGGGUCCCCAUUGAGGUUCUCAGAGAUGGGAAGCUAGCUAUUCAUGAAAUAAUAGUGGAAGAUCAGCUUGUGAGCUACUGGGAGAAGUUCGGGGCCAUUGCUUUUGAUAAUACCCAGAAGGCGAUGCUCACAAGCUGCACCUUGAAGAAUCCGAAUGCCAACACACCUAGUGACGGCAUCCGGUGUUGCUUUUCAUUUACAAUUCGGAGAGAUAAUCAUAAUAUGUGAGUACUUCAGGAACAGUCAAAUGUAUGGGCUCCAGGUCUAACCAUUUACCAGUCCGUCCCUCAUUAUUGGAAACUUUCUACCCUCGCAACGAAAAAGCAAAUGAACUUACCUUAGUGCUUUUUCAAUACCUGGCGCUCAUGUAUGAUCUUAUUCUAUUUAUGCCAUAUGGGGCUUCUCUUUGAUCGGUUGUACAGGCAGCUUUGACUUGUUGAUCUAGGUUUCUUAUAUACCACUUUCGAUGUUGCGCAGUUUUCAAAAUUGUAUUAUUAUUAUAUCUCCAUCAAACAGCCACAAGAAAUCUGUACUUUCGGUUUUUUUUUUUUUUUUUUUUU